GUGGUUUGUAACCCUGUUGUGUAUUGUAAUUGUCACAUGACUUCAAAAUGGUAGAAGAACUCUCAGUGUGUAAAGCGAAACUUAACCAAAUUUUAUAAUGAAACAUUGUGAACAUAAGCUACGAAUACAUGGUCUUAUCCUUAUCUUUGUGUGGUAUCUUGGUGUGAACACACUCACAACUGAGUUUCCACCUAGCAGACUACAGGACUGUAAUUCAACUAGAACAUGUGCAGUUUGUAACGCAGGAUAUUUUGCCAACCAGUCAUGGGCUGAGUGCAGUUGUUGUCCACGCAGUGGCUAUUGUUUGGACAGCUGCAGUGCUUGUCCACCAGGAGCAGAACAACCAGAAAGUGGAGAGGUUGAAUGUACUCUCUGUAAACCAGGACAUUUUACCCCCAAAGAGGCAACAAUAAAAUGCCUAUCAUGUGAGAAAGGACAAUUUCAAGACGAGCAGGGGCAAACAGAGUGUAAAAAUUGUUCACUCGGAACAUUUUGCAGCACUAUUGGGUGUGUGACGUGCCAGGAUUGCCAAGCAGGUUACUAUAGCGACCAAAAUGGCAGCUCCUCAUGCAAGCCCUGUGAGGAAGGUUACUAUAGCAACGUAACAGGAUCAGAAGCCUGUGUUCCAUGCAGACAGGGAACGUUCCAGAACCUGACUGGACAGGAAACAUGUCUACCAUGUCCUUUCGGAGAGCAUUUAAAUCAAACAGGGAAAUCUUCAUGCAUAGCUUGUGAGCCUGGUUUCCACAGCAACAAAACUGGGGAAGUUGAAUGUACCCCUUGUGACAAGGGUUAUUAUAGUAACAAAACCCAUACUAUUGAUUGUGAAGCGUGCCCAAAAGGCUUAUACCAAAACCAGACUGGUCAAACUGAAUGUGACCCUUGUGAGGCAGGGAUGGAAACAAGGGAAGCAGGUGACUGGGAAUGUGUUCGCUGCCUAGAUGGCACUUAUAAGCCACAGGCUGGACCAGAGUUAUGUGUGGCUUGUCAACCAGGCUCGUUUUCCAAUGGUGGUAUUAGGAAUGAAACCAACCUGAACUGUACACUGUGCCCAGAGGGACAUUACCAAGACAAGGCCAACAAAUCUCAGUGCACAUUGUGUCCGGCUGGAACAUUUAUGGACGGCCAAGGGGCAACGCAGUGUAAGAACUGCCCUGCAGGUAAUGAGAGUCUUGGAGAGGGAGAGACAUCUUGUCAACAGUGCCAAAAAGGUCAUUUCAAGGCCAGUACCUCAAGUGACAUAUGCAAAGAAUGUCCAGAUGGGUGGUAUGCAAAUUUUAUGGGGGCUGUGUCGUGCAUAGAAUGCCCUAGUGGAAAAUAUUGUCCGAACGCGGCCAUGGGCCCUCUGGAUUGCCCCACAGACUGCUAUUGUCUGGCAGGGGUCUCCUCCCCUGCAUGCUGUAACGGCCCCUGGUAUAAGGAGAGCGGAAACUCGUGCAAACCAUCGGCCGAGCUGCUGGGCAUCACAAUUGGCUGUAGUGUCGUAAUUCUCUUCGUGUGCAUCGUUGGAGCGUAUAACUUCCGAGAACGGCGCCGUGCCAAGGCAGCGAGUGUGGAGCACCAGCCGUUGACCGAUAACAGCAACCCUAUGUACAAAGGCCUCUAGAUAAUUUGAUUUAAUUUAUGCAUGUGCGUCAAGUUUCAUCCCAGAUUAGCCUGUGCAGUCUGCAAAGGUUAAUCUUGAACGACACUUGAUUUUCGUCUAGAAAAGACUUCAUUUAUACGAACAAAUUUAUCUUUGGGAAAGUGUCGUGCCUGAUAACUGCACACUGCACGGAGAAAUCUGGGAUGACACGCACAUGCAUUAAACUCCGUUUUCCAACAUUGAUGCUCUUAUUCUGACGAUUCAUGCGUUUCACUGAGCGGAUCUGAUUAUCUAACAUUACAGGUCAGGUUUACCUUUCAAUAACCAAUCAGAUCAAUGCUUUCAAAGGUCUUUGGUAGCCGAUUUAUUCACUCAUUAAAGGGGC